AAAACGUUUUACUUUCAAAAUGCCAAGAAGUGCUAGAAAUGUUAAAAGCAAAACACCAAGAGCCUCAAUAGGCGUUUCAGACUGGGAAUCAAAACUUUGCGAUCUCAAUUUGGACGAUGAAGUAUGGAAAAUGUCACUGUCCAUUCUUUCACCAUCACUAUUAACGGAAAAUGAGAUCAUAUCAAUUUUAGCAGCAAGCAUCGUCAAUGGGCAGCGUCAAAAAUUCACGGUAAUAACAUAUGAAGAUGUCGUGAAUCAAAUUUUUACUCAAUGUAAAGCCAAAAGUCAGAAGGAUGCUCCAGAAUUUUUUGAGAUAUGCAAUGUGGCUAAAAAUGCCAUUGAAACCGUCGAUGAAUUAAAUCCGCAGACACUUUCAAAAGUUUUGAAGUUUAUGUUCAACAGCAUAAAAACACUGGACAUUAAGCAGCAGUCAUUAAGAAAACCAAUUCCGAAGACUAACCAUAUGGAGGAUACUAAGAAAAAAGAAAACCCAAAAGAUAAAAAAUCUGGUGCCAAAGUCAUAAAAUCACAAGAGCCACCAGUAAACAAAGAGAAAAGUAAACUUUAUAAACGUGGGGAAGAAGCAUUAGAAGAGAAAUACCUGGGUGAUGAACCAGAUAAUGGAAUCAGUCGAUAUAUUCUUCUUGUUAAUUUUGAAAAAUGUGGACUUUUAGAAGAGUUAUGUCGUCUAAAAAUAGACAUCCAUAGUAUUAUACGUUUGCAUGUAAAUGAUCAAAAACAACUUCAAAUAUUAAUCACCAAACAGAAGGCUGAAAAAAUGUGGGGUUCCAAAGGAUCUGAACAAGAUUUGGAACAGAUGAGAUCUGAAGAGGAGGCAUUAUUACUAGCAGAAGAACAAUUAAGACAGUACUGGCGUACAACUAGUAUUCUGAUGCGAGAUCAUGUUUAUGAUCGUUUAGGAAAUAUUGCUACGUUAGAUUAUAAUGUCAAAACAGAAUUACUUCCUGAUGACCUUAAUGGGGCGGAAAACAGGGCAUCUUUUGGAGCCACGAUGUUCAAUGAAAUAUCUACUAUUCUGUAUGAUCUGAUAGACUUUAGACGCCAAUGGAAAAAUUAUUUAGAACAUAUAAAAGUCAUUCAUUUACCUAUAUGCCCUCCUUUAUUGAAUGAAAAUGAUUCCGUAAGUAGCAACCAACUGUUGAAAAUGUCUAAACCAGCAAUCGGUUUACAUCCAGAUAAUUUGGAUAAACCUGCAAUAAAAUCUGAAGAUUGUGGUGAUAUUUUAGCAGAAGACUUCGUUGAUAUGAGGUUUUAUAAUGAAAUACUACAAGGUUUGCCAAUCGAAAGUACUAGCGUUGAGCUAAUACUUCAUGCCGUAUUAGAACAGGUUAUUGCUAAUGAAAAUGAGAUUUUACCACAGGCGGCAUUAAUUGAUGAGAAAGAAAAAAAUGAGGGAUAUGAUCCCCAUAUUUCUAGAAAUAUUGCAAAUGAAGAAUUAAGUGAAGAAAUGCCAUUACACAAAAAAUCAGUUAAAUCUUCUUUGAAUACUUCACCAUUUAUUAUACUUCAUCCAUAUGAUGAAAAUCGAUAUAAAACAUUGUUUACAGCACAUAAUAAUCAAAAUAAUGAAGAGUUAAUGAAUUCUGAAUUGAAUUUAUACAGUCAAUUAUUCCCAAGUAUAUUUAAUAAUACUUGUAAAGAAAAUACAAAAUUUGAAUGGACACCAGAAUUAAAGCUUGAUAAAAGUAAUAAAGAGAAAAUUGGAAAUGAAAUACUCGAAGAAAGUUAUAAGCGAAUGAAAGAAUUGAGAUUUCAUCAAAUUAUGCAGUUUGCUGAAAAGUUUGGAUUUACACCAGAAGAGUUUAAGCAUUACUUUAGUAAACUUCAACUAGAAAGUUUACAGAUAUGGAAAGCUUAUUCAACAAGGAAACAGUUCCAACAAUCUUUAAAUAUGAUUCAACCACUAGAUUCCGCUUGGGAGACAUUACCGAAAAAUCACAUCAAUCCAACAAUGGAUCAAUUACUUGAUGAUAUUAACAAAGAUAAUAAUCAGCUUAAAAACACAGCAAUACCAUUCGAUGAUCCAUACUUAUUAUAUGAAAGUUUAUCAGUUUUAUUUACUCAAAUUGAAUAUGAAAUAAAUAAAAUGCGGAAAUUUUCUCUUGAAAAAGAAAUAACCAGUACUGGAUCCCAUACUACUCCAACUUCAAUAGAAUCUGCAUCUAGAUCUAAAUCAGUUAGUAGUAGACGAAGUUUAUCGGCAGUUCAUUUUGAUGUACCUAGUAAAAGCAUCACUCAUGAAAUUAAAGAUCAAAAAAGAAAAUUUAGUCGAUUAACUUUAUUUGCUCAAGAAUUACAAGAAAUAUUAAAACAACUUCAUAUAAACAAUCAGAUACUGGUUUCAUUUGAUAAAGAAAAAAAUAAAAAUAGCUCUGAACACCCGUUUGAAGCGUAUAAAGUAUCACUGGAGAAUUUCGGUACACUUCUAAAUAAGGCUAAAAAUAUCCAUCUAAAUGAGUGGUCAGUGGAGGAGAAAUUAGAACCGAAUGUAUUAUUACAGAGAUUACAUUCACUAAAUUAUGAAAAUCCUUAUUUGGAUGUUUAUAAACGUUUGUAUGAUGAUAGUUUGUUUAUUAUAUCACAUCAUCCAUUUGAUCGGACUAUUCGUUCAAAUCAUUACACGUGGUGUAGUUGGUUUCAUGUGAAUAAAAUAGGUUUUAGACCAUAUCUACAAUUGAUUGAAGGACAUAUUCGAAAUUGGACAAGAGAACAAGAGGCAAUUUAUGAAGCAGCUAAAUUAAGCGCUGAAAUAUUACAAACUGAUGAUAUUAAUGGUUCAUCAACUGAACAAUCUCCUACAAAACCAAUUAAGAAAAAUUCUCCUAAAUCUCAAAAAGGUGCAAAAUCUAAACGUAAUCGUUCAAUCAGUGGAUCAGAGUCAGAAGAAAGUAUAGUACAAAAUGAAAUAAAGUCAUUAUUAGGCGAUCCAAAUGAAUUUAUUUUACCUGGAUCAUUGAAAGCUGCACAGAGAGAUCAGGAACGGGCUAAAUUGAAAAAAGAUUUGGAAGAACGUCAAAAAGAAACUAAACGUGUCAAGUCAGCCAAAAAGUCUACAGAAAGAGAAAUUUCUCCUACACAGAAGAGAAAAACUUCUGGUAAGCGCAAUAAAUCGCCGCAUCCCAAGUCACCUGUUCAGAAGAACGAUCAAGAUGAUGAGUCGAUCCAACAACAACAGCUCAGAACCAAAAGAACAAGUAAUGAAUUUUGGCCGUUUACCGGUUACGAUAUUUCCAACUUGCUACCACAUAUAACUGGGGAAGUUACUCAUAUGUUCCCAACUGAUGGGGGUACAAUUAAAACACAGAGAAAUGAAAUUCCAACAGGUCAAGCAAAUUUACGAGUAAGCCUUAUGAAAGAUGGCCAUGUGUUUACUAUUCAUAAAAUUGAUGGUCCACCGGAACCGAAUAUUCCAUAUGAAAAUCCUAAUGAAAUGAAAUUAAAUGAUCAAGAAAAUGAGGAGGGAUGUGAUGGCUUAAAAACGUUUUCAUCACCAGAAUUAUUCAGUUCGAUUACAGCUUGUUUUUCUGAUGGCAUCUGUUUGGCUGUGUCUAGAGUGAACAAAAUUGAUCCACAACCUAAUCCGAAUUAUCAAAUAGAAUCUAAUCAACUGAAUAAAUUUAACAAAAAUAGUGAUAGUAAUAAUAACAAUGACUGCCGAAUCAGGCCAAAUUCUGUCAAUUUGAAUGAUAACAGUGAAACUACACAAAAUAAACCAUUUCAACAUUUCAUACAUCUCUCCACACCUGACGGUGCACAAGUAGCUGUUUAUCAUUGUGUCAAUGAAGUUUCAAAUCGUGCCAUUGAUGAGUGUGCAGAAGAAAAUAUCCCUUCAAAAGAAGCAUUAAUUAAUCCAGAAAGUAAAUGUCAAACAAACGAUGGGCAAAAUAAUGCACUUUUAAACUCACAACAUAGUAUAUUAUUGAAGUUAUCGUCAGCCAGAACUUGUAUCAAUGAUAGUAUCAACAUCGAUGACCUGAAAAAAAGGUCUGAUAAAGAAUACGAAGUUACACGAUUUAUCACAUCCGACGGUAUAGUGAUACAAAUUUUAAUGCCCAGUUGCACAUCAUCUGCCUCAUGCGCUAUCAGGAUUCUUUAUCCUGACGGAGCAAUUAUGGAGCGUGGAACAACAGUUGCCGAAGAAUUAAGGAGAAACGAAAAUCCGCAAUUUACAUUGAGUAAUCCACAAGAAGAAAAAGAAGAAGAAAUUAAUAUUCAGUCGGAACCAGCAAUGCCAAGUGCACUCCAAGUAAUUAAUAUACAACCAAGAAAAUCAUCAUCUAAGAGGAAAAGUUCCAGGAGAAAAAUUGAAGAGAAAAAAACCGAAGACGAUGCUCGUAAUGAGACAUGCCUAGUUUCUACUGACAUCGCGACCGCUUUGACUCCAUCCAGUACACCGAGAUCAACAACUAACGAUUCAGACGAUAAUUUACCUUGGUUAAUUACCCUUCUGUCUGGCGAGCGGUUUUGGUUCAAGUUAAUCAAACCACUUACAAAUAUCGGUAGUUCAGUUGAAGAUACUCCAACAACAAAUGCGUCAGAUAGUGUAUCACAUGAGUCAGUGAACUUAGAUACUCUAAGUUCUAAACGCUUAAAUGAUGCAGUGAAAUAUGAAACAUAUCCGAGUAAACCAAUGGAAUCGUUCCGAGCCUAUGAUCCAGCCACUGGAGAAACAUUAUAUACACGGCCUGAAGACAAUUUAAUUGCUGUUGAACCUCAUCCAGAUAGUCCAUUCAAGUUGAUAGUACAACAUGCAGAUGGUACACGAUUAACGCAAAUCUUACUGGCAAGUGAGAAGCUGAAUGAUGAAUGCAAUUCUGUAGAUUUAAAUUCAAAUGCCAACAAACCUCAAAUGUUCAUUCGUACAGAGUGUGUCGGAUUUCCUGCUGUAAUAUUAAAUAAAUCAACCGGCGAGUUUGAAAUAUCUUUAUUUGGUAAAAGUCAGUUUUCAUCAACAUUUCACUUCACUCCGAAAGGUCAUCACAUAUUACAGCAUUUCAAUGGUGGCCAGUUAAAUAUAAAUCCAGACAGUUCAGUAUAUUACACUAGCCAAUCUCUGGAGAUAGUCAAUCUCAAUGAACCAACUGUUUAUGAAAUGCGAUCUAAAGACAUGGAAAGUUUGUUGGAGUGCACUGAUCCACACAAAAAUGUGUACACAGUUGACAACUGGGCAAAUUGUAAUGUUCUUUUAACUGUAGGUAAUAAAAAACAUACUGUUGAUGAAGACUUAAAUACUGAUGUCAAUCAAAUUUAUUCAACUGAAUUAACAAAUGAAAACAAUCAACAAAUUGAAGAUUCAUUUCACACUGUUUUACAGAACAAAGACAAUGCUGACAAUAAUGAAAUUAAUGAACCUCAUAAUAAUGAAAUAUCAAAUGAUGGUUGUUGUUUAUAUGAUGAACACAUACCGAGAUUAUUUUAUUUUGAUCCAAUUAAAAGAAUAGCUAUUGAACUCAUACAUCAUGAAGAAUAUAAGUGCUUGCUUCAAAGAGCUCAUAAUAUUCAAUCACCUCGUCAUCACAUAAAUAAAUUGACAAUGGAAGAAAAGUUGAUGUAUAUGAAUACGAAAAGUCAAAACACUUCAACAUCAGAUAGUGAUUUUUAUGAAGGUUUAUACUUAAGAGAACCAAUGCAAAAUAAUCCCAGGGUCUUCGGCCUGACGCUGAUGAAGUCACUACCCACCAAUGAAACAGGAAAAUACUACGUUCAAGAAAAUAUUAUUCCUGAGGGUUUGAGCAGUCGGGAUUUCCAGACUAUAACACAUUCAUCAAAUUCAAACCCGCAUUCAGAUAUUCGAAAAUUAGGUGAAAGAGCCGGCAAAGGUCUAGAUAUCAUUAUGCCAUCUUUGGAAUAUCUUGGUUUAAAGCUUCCAGAAACAAACGUCACCCUUCUACCGGCACAAAAAGGCAAAUCGAUAAAACGCGAGAAUCAUAAAUUUAAUGCUUAUUACCAAGCUCUUCAUGCAAAUGUAAGACGCUUUACUGAAUUCCCAUUAAUUACAUCCGAAAUUAAUCAAAGGUUUUUAGGUGUACUAUGCGCUUACACAGAAUACUACCUCAAUCGUUUAAAUGAAUGGUGCAGUCAACAACCAACAAGAUUAUCAGAAAUUAUGCAAUCUGAAUUAAGAUUGUUCUUGGAUCCAAUACCAACUGUAUCAAGUGUAUUAUCUAGAAAUAAGCAGAUAUCAGAUCCAAUCGAAAAUGAGAAUAUAACAGAUGUAUCCAGCUCCCCUAGUCAACAAACCACUGUCAGUCAAGAAAUAUCUCAACCAACUAACAAAUAUUCGCCAGCUAGACAAGAAGCAUUCAAACUAUUACGUCAAGAGAUUGAGAAAGCAAUGAGAGAUAGAGCAGCACUUAGGAGUACUCAUACACCUAACUACUUUCGGUCACAAGAAGGAAUCGGAUUUUUGCUGUCACAAAUCCCCGAUGUGAAAAAAUUGUCUAAAUUAGUGCCAGAAUUAAGUAAUCUACCAAGUCGAAAUCCUAAACAAAAUGAUAAAUCAACCUUAACAGAACAAUCGACUCUAAUUCUUAGUGAUUCUCCACCAAAUAUACCUAGUCCAUUAUUAAGAACAAUAGAGAAUGAUAAUGAGUUGGUCACGGAGAGAAUAACAGGAAAUACAAAUAAUAGCCAUUUAACUAUGAAUAAACUUAUCUAUAAUGACGGUUAUAAAACUGGAAUCGAAUUGUCAACUAGAGAAACAACAAAAAAAUGUUUUUAUUAUUAUGAUAUUGACCCGUCGCAAAUUAAAAUGAUUGACAAUCACAGUACUCAUGUGCCUUUGGAUGCUGUUGCCUUGGCUAAACAAAAGCAACUUCGAGUGCCAAAGUAUUUAUAUGCUAAAAGACCCAGUUUGCCUAAAUGCAACAACGGGGUAAAUGGAAUUAGCCAUGCCACAAAUUUCAAUGUAAAACAAGCACUUAUUGAAGAUCCUGUACGUCGUCGAGCCUUAUUUACAAGUAUUAUUGGCGGUCCACCGUUUGGUCAAUUUUCACUUAGACGAAUGCGUGGUUUACGUCUAACACCAAGUCGCAUUAAUGUUGGUGUGCUACCAUACGGUGUAACCCGUAGUUUUUCAGUGAAAUUAGUAAAUUGGGGUCCGGAAACGGCAUAUUUUAAAAUUAAACAACUACCAAUUCAAAGUGGGAUACGUGUUUUUUAUACUCCGGGACCAAUUCCAGCAGGCUUAUCUCGUCGAUUAACAAUUGAAGUAUCGAAUCAACGUCAAGACCGACUGGAAAGCUACCCAUUUAACCAACAGAUUGAUGACCGAGGACUAAAACAGACAGCAAACCAUGAUGCACCGAAGAAAUCCCGCCAUUCAAAUAUAAAAUGGGAUAUCGAUAAAUAUAAUGAAGAGAAUUCAAAAGAUAUUGAAAAUGAUAACUAUAACAUUGACAAUGACGAAUUGAAAGAGAAAUUAAGUAUAGACGAUAAAAUCAUCACCUUCUCUGAACAUCUUGAAAUAACUACUGACACACAUAUAUUGUAUUUGUUAAUAACAGGUUGCCGAAUUGAAAAUUAUAGUUCAGUACAGUCUUCAAUGCUUAAUGCUAGUGAAGAUAUCAUCAAACCGAGGUUUAUUCAACCUCUCAUGUCGUAGAAGGAAACAAGAAUACUACAAUUAAAAACACUGGGCAAAGACUUUUUUAUAAUUUACUAAUUAGGAAUCAACUUAUUGAAUAAAAUUAUAUUCUUGACGAAAUACUUAUGUCUUCUAUACAUUGAGUAGUAAGAAUUCAAUAGAUAUGUAAUAUGGUACAAUCUGAAAUUCUAUUACAA